AUGCUCAUCUUCAACGCGAACGAUGGAAGCAAGCUCAGUGAUAUGCUCGAACUAUCGACACUACCGACCCCUAAGCUAUCCAAGAAGCCUCAACGAGACCACGCCGCCUGUCAGGCCUCGGUGAUGACCUUCAAUAAGCUUACACGAGCAAAGAAUCACAUCAAGGGUAUGCGACAGACGAAAGCUUUAGUGAAAUUCCUUUGUCAUGAAGCAAUGACGAUGGGCGAGCAAUUUGCCGGUACGGAAGAGAGUGAGAUGGUACCACAGACGCUCAGACCUGCUGAGGAUGAUCCGGAUACGGAAGAAAACGACGAGCAAGCUGAUGACGACGAUGACUGGAUGUCGCUGAGAAAGAUGGAAGUUGAAGAACUAUUCAAAAGGAAAAUAUCGUCUUAA